AUGUAUUUUGUUGUUUUUUGGGAUGAAUGGUGCGCUACAAUAACGGCUUCUUGGCUUAUCUUGAAGUCUCAAGUUUUCAAAUGGCCACCCAAAAAUAAGAAUGCUACUAAUGAAAGUAAAAAAGGAACGAAGCCUCAAGAAAAGUGGAUAACAGUUCGAUAUUCCAAAUUGUUAGGACCUUUCGAUACUUUCGAAGAAGCUAGAGAAAUGGAAAACAAUACUUUAGAUAUUUCAACGAAUGAUGAAAAAACACUUGCGGAAGUAACAAAAAAGAAAAAUACUGAGGUUUCACAAAAACGUGCAAUUCAAAAACCAUAUCGUUUUCCUUCUUCCUCUUCCAAUUCUUCUUCUGAGGAAGAAGAGGAAAGUCAAACAAAAACAAAAGCUAUUAAGAAAAAGAGUAGUCAACAUUCAAUGAACCAAACAACAAAUAAAAAUCUAAUAGAUGAGACAGCAGAAAAUUCAUGUAAUAAUAAACCUCCAACAAAUUACAAAUCAUUAAAUGCAGGAGAAUUUUGUCAUAUGUCGAUUAAAGAAUCAUGGAAUGAAAAUGGUGAUGUAUAUUUUAUAAAAAAUAUUAGAAAUAAUUAAAUAUUUUCUAUUUCAUAAUAUAAA